GAGGAUGUUGAUUCUGAAUUGAUCGUUAUUGGUUGGGGUGCCGCUAUCACUGAAGGACCCAAUUCAAACAAGUUACUGAAGACGAAUUUAACAACAGUUCCACUGUCCGAAUGUAAUUCAACUCUUUUGGAGUGGAACAAAGAGUACAAUUCACCAUCGUUUGAAAAUGGCAUCAGUGAAGGACAAUAUUGUGCAAAUGAUCCAGAAGGAAGAAGAGAUUCUUGCCAUGGAGAUAGUGGAGGUCCUCUUCAGUAUUUCCCCAACACCAAUUCAAGCAGAGCGACCAUAGUUGGCAUUGUUUCAUUUGGUGUGAAUUGUGCAACCACAUUGCCAAGCGUCUAUACUCGUGUGGCUUAUUACAUUGAUUGGAUUGAAUCCAUCGUUUGGCCGCCAGAACAAAAUAAUUAAUUAUUAUAAACUGACGUUAGAUAGUUUAAAUAUAUAGGGGAGGACGGGGCGAAUCGCCACACUUUUUCUUGGAGUCAAAUAUCUCGGCAACUAUAACUCAUAAUGACAAAUGUCUGGUAUCGUUUGGAAGGUGGUUUCAAUACGCAACUUUUGUAGAAGAAACUUUUUUGUUUUGUUGAUACCACUUCAACAUAUGGCAUUGCGCGUAAAAUUGGAAAUAAUGGGGCGAACCGCCUAUAGCGGGGCGAAUCGCCUCACCUUCAAAUUUUCAAUUUCAAAUCAUUCUCUCAUCUCACAUAUGAGUAAUAAAACAUAAUCAUUUCUAUUUUAAUUAUAUUUCUCUAUCUUUACUUGAUUAUUAUUAAUAAGAAACUGUGUAAAACAUUGAGGGCACUCAAUAAUAGAGAGAUGUAAAGUAUUUUUGAAGUAUUUUGAGACUGAGAAUCCGAAUUUUUGCGUUUCCUUUAAAAACAAUCAUAGAUUGAGGGGCUAUGACCUGUUAUGACCCCCUGAGGCUAGGGGAAUUGAAUGGCAGCUGAUCGAAAAAAUUCUUUCAUCAUUCUGAACAACUUUGUAGUAAAUCAUUUUUUUAUUAUUGUUUCUGCACAUCCAAUCGAUCUGUAUAGGUGAAAUUAGAAAAAAAAAUCUGAUUGUUUGUGCAUUUUACUGGUGAAAACGCAAUGUGAGUGCGGCGAUUCACCCCGAAGACGAAAUUUCACGCCAAACCCGAUAUCACACAAAAAACCAAAAACAAUCCGAAAAUGUUCGUACCCGCUAGAAAGCACUUGACUUAAGCUACAAAUAACACUCACUCUUUUUUCAGAAAAAUAAAAAUUAAUGCACAAAAGUCAAAAUUCUAGAAAGGCAAAACAAAUGUGAAAAAUCGAAAAACAUUUUUAUGCUUCUAAAAAGUUAUUGACGUAAUGAAAGUCCAAUAUCAUUACCUCCAAUUAUGGAGGACAUAAAACACUUCAGAUGAUAUAUGACAGUUGGAUGUUCUGGAUCACAUUCUCGAGAUAAGUCGACUGCGGCGAUUCGCCCCGUCCUCCCCUUUAUAUGCGUUCCCUAUGAUCCAUAUGAAAUGUGUGAGAAUGCUUAAUUCCAAUGCAUCGCACAAAACGAAGAUGUAACACAAUCUUUUUGCGAUGAAUCUAUAGUUUUUUUCCUACAUUUUUUUUAUUCACUUGAAAUGGACAUAAUAAACACGAUAAUAUUCACAUUUUAUACUA